AUGCAGAUCUUCGUCAAGACACUCACGGGAAAGACCAUUACACUUGAGGUUGAAGCGUCGGAUACCAUCGAAAAUGUCAAAGCCAAGAUUCAAGACAAGGAGGGGAUCCCUCCAGAUCAACAGCGAUUGAUUUUCGCGGGAAAGCAGCUGGAGGACGGCCGUACUCUUUCUGAUUACAACAUUCAGAAAGAAUCCACCCUGCAUCUGGUCCUGCGACUCAGGGGUGGCAUUAUCGAGCCUACUUUGCGCCUGUUAGCACAAAAGUACAACUGUGAGAAGAUGAUCUGCCGUAAAUGCUACGCCAGACUCCACCCGAAAGCUACUAAUUGCCGUAAAAGGAAAUGUGGACACACGAGCAACCUCCGUCCCAAGAAGAAACUAAAGUAG